GCAAGGGCCGGGGACGGGAAGAGGGCGGAGAGCGGAGGCCCCGGAGUGCCUCUCUGGCCCCCCUAGCGCACGCGCUUCUCGACUGCUCCGGGCCGGCGUGGUAUUGUGGGAUCGCGGCGCCCGGGCCUGAGACGCUCGCCGCCGCCGGGGCGUCCACUCGAGAGAGCGAUCGAGCGCCUCCUGUCGUCCGCACGGCGGCCCUGCCGGCCCUCGGCUCCCCCCCGAACUCCUCCCGCCGCCGCCGCUCCCCCCCAUCCCCUCCUCCUCCAUCCUCCAGUUCAAAAUGGCGACGGCGGCGGCGGCGGCGGCGAUGGCUCCUCCGGGCUGCCCGGGUUCGUGCCCCAACUUCGCCGUCGUCUGCUCCUUCCUGGAACGCUACGGGCCGCUGCUGGACCUGCCCGAGCUGCCCUUCCCCGAGCUGGAGCGGGUGCUGCAGGCGCCGCCGCCGGACAUCGGCCACGGAGAAGUACCAAAAGAAUUGGUGGAGCUCCAUUUGAAGUUGAUGAGGAAGAUUGGCAAAUCCGUUACAGCAGACAGAUGGGAAAAAUACUUGAUCAAGAUAUGCCAAGAGUUUAACAGUACCUGGGCGUGGGAGAUGGAGAAGAAAGGCUAUCUUGAGAUGAGCGUGGAGUGCAAACUAGCACUCUUAAAGUAUCUCUGCGAGUGUCAGUUUGACGACAAUCUUAAAUUCAAGAACAUAAUUAAUGAGGAGGAUGCUGAAACUAUGCGUCUCCAGCCAAUUGGGCGGGACAAAGAUGGCCUCAUGUACUGGUACCAGUUGGAUCAAGACCACAAUGUCAGAAUGUACAUAGAAGAACAAGAUGAUCAAGAUGGCUCUUCUUGGAAAUGCAUUGUCAGAAAUCGAAACGAGUUGGCUGAGACUCUUGCACUCCUGAAAGCACAAAUUGAUCCUGUACUAUUGAAAACCUCUAGCCAACAGGAAGACUCUUCCCGGGAAAGUCCCACUCUAGAGGAUGAGGAGACUAAAAAAGAGGAAGAAACACCUAAACAAGAGGACUCGAAGGAAGAUGGAAGGACGAAAGGUCAUGGGCAGCCAGGAGAUCCCAUCAAGCGCUCUGUGGCCAAUGUUCUAGAAGACACAGCUGUGAAGACGGAAAAGGAGGACGGGAAGGAGCUCGCAAAACUGCCUGUCAUUGUAAAGCACGAAAAACCUCUGCCAGAAAUAGAGGGGAAAAAGAUCAUCAGGGAGGAAAGCGAUUCCUUCAAGGAAAAUGUCAAACCCAUUAAGGUAGAAGCGAAGGAAUGCAGAGUGGAUUCCAGGGAUCUCAAGGGCAGCUCGGAGAGGCCGGGCACACAGGAGCCCGAGCGAGUAGACUUUGGUGGCAUCCGAUCUUCUCAGGACGUCCCAGAGAAAUCUUCUGAGGAAACAGAGAAGCUUAGAAAUGACCAGCAAGCCAAGAUACCACUCAAAAAACGUGAAAUUAAGCUGAGUGAUGGUUUUGACAGACCUUUGUGUAAGUCAGCUACUCCAACAAAAGAAGUUUUGAAAGAUGAAAUAAAGCAAGAGGAAGAGACUUGUAAACGGCUCUCCACCAUCAGUGCUCUGAGUCACGAAGGGAAACAGCUAGUGAAUGGGGAAAUUAGCGACGACAAGCUAACUCCAACUCUUAAGUCGGAACAAAUGGAGACGCAGCUUUGUGAGACAAAGGAAGAUGGUUCUAGCAUCCCCUCUAAGGACGGAAAUGGUGCUGAGAGCUUCGAUUCUGUCCCAGCAAGCUCCAAGAUAAGUGAGCUUGAGAAAGAAGUCCCUUCAGGAAAUGGUGUAGAUAGCUCUGUAUCUACCGUAGAGAGCCUCAGUCAGAAAGGAAGGUCAGAGGAGUCUGCGCCUCCGAACGUGGAAAUGCCUCUUGAGCCUUUAGAGACAGCGACCGAUCUCUCUUUAAAACCCGCGCCAUCUGCCACUGAAUCCUGCACGGCAAAAGUCGAAGAGAAGGCCCCCAAAAGUAAGAAUGAGAACCACACUCCAGGCAUAGAAUGCCCGGAAAAGGUGGAGAAGGCCAAAAAGACUGUUGCUGAUAAAGAAAGGCUGAGUCCAAUACCCGAAGAGGCUGUGAGGAGUCCUCGAGAAUCAGAAAAGCCAGGUCCUUGUGACGUGGCUGAAACUUCCCUCCCACCCGAGACGACUGGCCCCGAGGAGAAACUGGCCUCAGAAAAAAAAGAAUGUCUAGAGAGAGGGUCAAGCGAAGGUCAAUCCCUUGACAAUUCAAGCCCAGAAAUUCUAAAAGAGGAUUCUGAGUCCAGGAAGGUAGAAGCGGCUAAUCUGGACAACGUCCAGGCCUCUGGUGUGGAGGGUACUUCUGAGACCAGAAAGGUAGAAGCGGCUAGUCUGGACAAUGUCCAGGCUUCUGAGACAAAGGGCUCUGCGCAAAAGAACAAAUUCAAAUAUAAGUUAGUUCCUGAAGGAGACAGCACUGCUUCAGAAAACACAGAGAUCACCUCUGAAAGGCAGAAGGAAGGCAUCAAGUUGACAAUUCGGAUAUCUAGUCGGAAGAAGAAGCCAGAUUGUCCCCCACAAAUUGUAGACUCUGAAAACAAGGAAGAGAAGGUGGGGAAGGAAGAAGAGAAAACAAGCAUGGGGCGUACUUUAAGAAGGUCUCCAAGAAUAUCUAGACCCACAGCGAAAGUAGCCGAGAUCAGAGAUCAGAAAGCCGAUAAGAAGAAAGGGGAAGGAGAAGACGGAGCGGAAGACGAACCAGCAGCUUUGCAGAGAACAAACAAGAAGGAUCACUUGAAAAAAGCCGAGAAGGAUACAAGUUCUAAAGUGAGCAAGGUAAAACCCAAAGGCCGAGUCCGCUGGACCGGUUCCCGGUCGCGUGGCAGGUGGAGAUACUCCAGCAAUGAUGACAGUGACGGCUCUGACAGUGACAAGUCCUCUGCAGCCUCGGAGGAGGAGGGGAAGGAGAGUGAGGAAGCCGUCCUUCCAGAGGAUGAUGAGCCCUGCAAGAAAUGCGGCCUCCCGAACCACCCAGAACUCAUUCUUCUGUGCGAUUCCUGUGACAGUGGCUACCACACCGCCUGCCUCCGUCCCCCUCUGAUGGUCAUCCCUGAUGGAGAAUGGUUCUGCCCUCCUUGCCAGCAUAAACUACUGUGUGAAAAAUUAGAAGAACAGUUGCAAGAUUUGGACGUUGCUUUAAAGAAGAAAGAGCGUGCUGAGCGAAGGAAAGAACGCUUGGUGUAUGUUGGUAUCAGUAUUGAAAACAUCAUUCCUCCACAAAUAAACAUGCAGUUACCUCUUUUCUCAGGGGUUGGCCGAGGAAAAGAUAUCUCCACUAUCACAGGUCACCGUGGGAAAGACAUCUCUACCAUUUUGGAUGAAGAACGAAAGGAGAACAAACGGCCGCAGAGAUCAGCUGCUGCCCGCAGGAAGAAACGCCGGCGACUUAAUGAUCUUGAUAGUGAUAGCAACCUCGAUGAGGAAGAGAGUGAGGACGAGUUCAAGAUCAGUGACGGGUCUCAGGAUGAGUUCGUUGUGUCUGAUGAAAACCCAGAUGAAAGCGAAGAAGAUCCGCCGUCUAAUGAGGACAGUGACAUGGACUUCUGUGGCCGCAGACUCAGGCGGCAUCCCUCUCGGCCAAUGCGGCAAAGCAGGCGCUUGAGGAGAAAGACCGCAAAGAAAAAGUACUCUGAUGAUGACGAAGAGGAGGAGGAGGAGUCCGAGGAGAACAGUAGAGACUCCGAAAGUGACUUUAGCGAUGACUUUAGUGAUGAUUUUGUAGAAACCCGGCGAAGACGAUCAAGAAGGAACCAGAAAAGACAGAUUAACUACAAAGAAGAUUCAGAAAGUGACGGUUCCCAGAAAAGUAUACGACGGGGUAAAGAAAUCAGGCGCGUCCACAAGCGCAGGCUCUCCAGCUCAGAGAGUGAAGAGAGCUAUAUGACCAAGAACUCUGAAGAUGAUGAGGUCACGAAAGCGUCUAAGCGAUCUGUUCGGAAACGGGGCCGAAGCACAGAUGAGUACUCAGACGCAGAUGAGGAUGAUGAAGAGGAAAGCAAACCAUCCCGCAAGCGGCUCCACCGCAUUGAGACGGACGAGGAGAGCUGUGACAAUGCUCAUGGAGAUGCAGAGCAGCCUCCCCAUGACAGCCAGCCCAGGGCCCUGCCCUCAGAGCAGGAGAGCAGCAAGAAGCCCUAUCGGAUAGAGAGUGACGAGGAAGAGGACUUUGAGAACGUGGGCAAAGUAGGGAGCCCAUUGGACUACAGCCUAGUGGACUUGCCUUCCACCAACGGACAGAGCCCGGGCAAAGCCAUUGAGAACUUGAUGAGCAAGCCAACUGAAAAGUCCCAGACCCCCAAGGACAGCGGCACGGCCAGUGCAAAUCUAGCCCCCAAUGGGACAAGUGGUGGACAGGAGGUGGGGGCCCCAGAGGAGGACGAAGAUGAGCUUUUGCGAGUGACUGACCUUGUUGAUUAUGUCUGUAACAGUGAACAGCUAUAAGACUUCUUUCCAUUUCUGUGCUAAUUUAUUCCACGGUAGCUCUCACACCAGCGGGCCAGUUAGUAAAAGCUGUUUAAUUUUCCUAGAAAACGCUACUACAGAACGACUUUUUACAAGAGAAAUUUCAACAAAUCCUGAAGUCUUUCUGUGAAGUGACCAGUUUUGAACUUUGAAGAUUAAUAAUUGCUGUAAAUUCCUUUUGAUUUUCUUUUUCCAAGUUCAUGGUCCUUGGUAAUUUCAUUCAUGGGGAAAAAAAAUCUUAUUAUAAUAACAACAAAGAUUUGUAUAUUUUUGACUUUAUAUUUCCUGAGCUCUCCUGACUUUGUGAAAAGUGUGGAUACGAAUGCAUUCCGAAUCUGUGAGGGCCCAAAGCAGAACUUAGGGCGGGAGAAGCACCUGUGCUCUAGCUUUUCAUAUUAAAUAUAUAUUAUAUUUAACACUCAUGGCAUAGAUGGUGAUUAACAAACUGUUUAAAGGUCAGUCUACUGUUGCAGUUUGAGAAUUGUAGAUACAACAUCGUACAUACGUCACUUAGUAGUAGCCUUCGUGAAAUCAGUUUGUUUGCUCUUGGAGUUACCACGCAUUAAUAAAGAAGAGACCAUGGAA